CAGUAACUCACAGCCCUGUAGGGCGAUCUGAUUGUAACCCUCAUCUUCCUACUCUGCACAUGCUCAGCAUGAGAACGAGCAGCCGAAGUUUGGAAUAAAAAACGGAUUUGAAGCACGUGAAGGCAGCAGUGGCGGUGGUCCCCGCCUCGCCCCGGUGCUGUGGUCUGCGCGGACCCUCCCGGUCUUCAUAAUUUCUCUACUGUCUCUCCAGUUUCUACUCUGCUGGUUUCCCCCCGCUCAGUCAGGCUGAUUCGUUUUUGUUUUUGUUUAAUUUUUGAUCUAAAAUCGUAUUUUUUUCCGGUUUCUGAAACUUCUUAAAUCAUCUUUGGGUUUUUAUUUACUUCAUUUUCAUUUUAUUGGGCUCUCCGGUCCGGGUCUGUUCGGCUCCGAUGGCGGCGAACCGGGUGGGGCGGCGGGUUAACAGGGUGUGCGGGAAUCAGUCACCGAGCCGCGCCGGCGGCGGGCGGGACCCGGGUCAGAGCCUGCAGAGGCGCCAGGCUCGGGUCACCGUCAAGUACAACCGGAGGGAGCUGCAGAGGAGGCUGGACGUGGAGCGCUGGAUCGACUGCGGGCUGGACCAGCUGUACCGGGGCCAGGAGGAGGACAUGCCUGAGGAGGUGAACAUUGAUGAGCUGCUGGACCUGAAGACUGAUGAGGAGAGGAUGCACAAGCUUCAGGUUAAAGCUCCACCUACAUGUCAGGCAAACACAAGGACAUCCUUCGCUCCUGUGUUUCCAACACACAGGUGUUUAUCAGUGAGCUGCUGCUGAAGCUUCAUGGCUUACAGAAGCAGGAGGAUCUGCACAAUGACGGCAUCGACCUCCCCCAGCUCCACAUCUACCCCACCCGUUCUGGAUCAGCUGACAGGGAGGUGCUGCACUGAGACAGCAAGCACACCCAGACUAACCCUGGCAUCAGAUGCCCACCACAUGACCCCACAAACACAACAUUUACAGCCAGACCAGGAAGAGCCGGAUUGGAAAACAAACUCAUUUUAACUCCACCUUCAUGUCCCAAAGCGCUGUCAGAUAAAACAAACACCCCUGUACAGUGUCACCUGCCUCAACAGAGCCUGUCAGAUCUUCACUCCUCUUCAGUCAGAAACACCAGCAAGCAUUUUCUUUCCUGAAUUCAGUCACUGAGACUUUCAGGUCAGUGUGUUAAAGUAUUGAUCAGUUCAGUGUUUGAUCACUCUUCAUGGUAAGGCUUUAUUCAUUCGCAGGUCAAACUCCACAGGAUUUUUGGUAGAUGAUAUGACUCAGGUGUCUUAGUGGUUAAAACCAAGACCACAUACAUAUGCCGCAUUGUGGUGUGGGUGGUGCGAGUGGUGCAGGUUCAAGUCCUGGCCUGUUGCCAGUUUGCCUGCGUGUUCUCCCCACUAUCCUUCCCUAAUUUCCUGUCUCUCCUCUACUGCAAAUAAAGCCACUGUGGCCAAAAAAAA